CAAGCGUUUCGACGCCCUUCCACGGCUUCGACUUCGCCCCUGCACAGCUGAAAACGCCCGUCUGCCUGCUCAGACAACAGACAUGUCCCUGCACAAUAAGGGGAGCCCUGAAAACUCAAAAUUCUCACUAUGAACAGGUGAAAAUGCGCAAAACAGUCGUCGUUGCACUUGUUUGCAGCUUCGCAUUUGAUGAACUAUGCGCUGCCCAAUCAGGCAAGAGCGGAUCGAGGGAGCUUAUCGAGAAGAUUGGCGACACCAGACCCUGAGUGAGGCAUGCCACACCUUUCACACAGACCUCCACAAUUUCGACCAUGUCCACCGAAGAUAUUGGUUUCAAGGCUGCACUGCAUGAAGCACGUCAAGGCAGCCACGAAGGGGGCGUGCCUAUCGGAGCAGCCUUAGUGUCAGCAGAAGGCAAGCUACUCGGCCAAGGACACAACAUGCGCAUUCAGAACAAAAGCGCGACACUCCAUGCAGAGAUAUCCUGCCUGGAAAAUGCGGGGCGCCUCCCAGCAUCGUCUUACCGUGGCGCCACAAUGUACACUACGCUUAGUCCUUGUGACAUGUGCACAGGGGCGUGUGUCAUGUACAAGGUAAAGAGGGUGGUAAUCGGGGAGAACAAGACCUUUGUGGGUGGUGAGGAGUAUCUAAAGAGCAAGGGUAUUGAGGUUGUUGUUCUGCAGAACGACGAAUGUCAGGACCUAAUGAAGAAAUUUAUCAAGGAGAAGCCAGAGGAUUGGUACGAAGACAUUGGCGAAGAAGACAAAUGAGGUCACUUGUGGGAAAUAUCCCCCGUAAAAUUUAAAUCAUUUCUUUAUGAAGACGUUAGUCGGUGUAUCUCCUCAAAGUAGAACUUCAGGUCGUCUGGCUUUACGAAUGGUGUUAUUC